CUUCAAGCGCACACGAGCACAGAUGUCACAGUGAAGUGGGGGGCGGGAGGGAUGUGAGCCUGCCCGCCCUUGGGAACUGUCUGUGAGCUGUGGGUUCCCAGAGGAAGAGCCCACAGCCCUGGGAAGACACACCAUGUGGGCUGCUCCUUGACAGCUCUUGUUCCUCAUGGAAAGGGAGUCUGAAGCGGAGGUCCAGAGCUCUUAGGCGGGUCGAGAGUACUCACCUGCCGCCACCACAGCAGAGAAUGGGGGCGGCAAGAAGAAACAGAAAGAGAAGGAGCUGGAUGAGCUGAAGAAGGAGGUGGCUAUGGAUGACCACAAACUGUCCUUGGAUGAGCUGGGCCGCAAGUACCAAGUGGACCUCUCCAAGGGCCUCACCAACCAGCGGGCUCAGGACAUUCUGGCUCGGGACGGGCCCAAUGCCCUCACUCCACCCCCCACAACCCCCGAGUGGGUCAAGUUCUGCCGUCAGCUUUUUGGGGGCUUCUCCAUCCUGCUGUGGAUUGGGGCCAUCCUGUGCUUCCUGGCCUUUGGCAUUCAGGCUGCCAUGGAGGAUGAACCAUCCAAUGACAAUCUAUAUCUAGGGGUGGUGCUGGCAGCUGUGGUCAUCGUCACUGGCUGCUUUUCCUACUACCAGGAGGCCAAGAGCUCCAAGAUCAUGGAUUCCUUUAAGAACAUGGUACCUCAGCAAGCCCUCGUCAUCCGGGAGGGAGAGAGGAUGCAGAUCAAUGCAGAGGAGGUGGUGGUGGGAGACCUGGUGGAGGUGAAGGGUGGAGACCGUGUCCCUGCUGAUCUCCGGAUCAUCUCCUCUCAUGGUUGUAAGGUGGAUAACUCAUCCCUAACAGGCGAGUCGGAGCCCCAGACCCGCUCCCCUGAGUUCACUCAUGAGAACCCCCUGGAGACCCGAAAUAUCUGUUUCUUCUCGACCAACUGCGUGGAAGGCACUGCCAGAGGCAUCGUGAUUGCCACAGGCGACCGGACAGUGAUGGGCCGCAUAGCCACUCUCGCCUCGGGCCUAGAGGUCGGGCGGACACCCAUAGCCAUGGAGAUUGAGCACUUCAUCCAGCUGAUCACAGGGGUGGCUGUGUUCCUGGGGGUCUCCUUCUUCGUGCUGUCCCUCAUCCUGGGCUACAGCUGGCUGGAGGCUGUCAUCUUCCUCAUUGGCAUCAUCGUGGCCAACGUGCCUGAGGGGCUUCUGGCCACUGUCACUGUGUGCCUGACGCUGACAGCCAAGCGCAUGGCGCGGAAGAACUGCCUGGUGAAGAACCUGGAGGCGGUGGAGACGCUGGGCUCCACAUCCACCAUCUGCUCGGACAAGACGGGCACCCUCACCCAGAACCGCAUGACUGUCGCCCACAUGUGGUUUGACAACCAGAUCCAUGAGGCUGACACCACUGAAGAUCAGUCUGGGGCCACUUUUGACAAACGGUCGCCUACAUGGACAGCCCUGUCUCGGAUCGCUGGUCUCUGCAACCGAGCUGUCUUCAAGGCUGGCCAGGAGAACAUCUCUGUGUCCAAGCGGGACACAGCUGGUGAUGCUUCUGAGUCAGCUCUGCUCAAGUGCAUUGAGCUGUCCUGUGGCUCCGUGAGGAAGAUGAGGGACAGAAACCCCAAAGUGGCAGAGAUUCCUUUCAACUCUACCAACAAGUACCAGCUGUCCAUCCACGAGCGAGAAGACAGCCCCCAGAGCCACGUGCUGGUGAUGAAGGGGGCUCCGGAGCGCAUCCUGGACCGGUGCUCCACCAUUCUGGUGCAGGGCAAGGAGAUUCCCCUGGACAAGGAGAUGCAAGAUGCCUUUCAGAACGCCUACAUGGAGCUGGGAGGCCUGGGGGAGCGUGUGCUAGGGUUCUGUCACCUGAAUUUGCCUUCUGGAAAGUUUCCUCGUGGCUUCAAAUUUGACACAGAUGAGCUGAACUUUCCCACAGAGAAGCUCUGUUUUGUGGGCCUCAUGUCUAUGAUUGACCCACCCCGGGCAGCUGUGCCAGAUGCUGUGGGCAAGUGCCGAAGUGCGGGCAUUAAGGUGAUCAUGGUGACCGGGGACCACCCUAUCACUGCCAAGGCAAUUGCCAAAGGUGUGGGCAUCAUAUCCGAGGGUAAUGAGACUGUGGAGGACAUUGCAGCACGGCUCAACAUUCCUGUGAGCCAAGUCAACCCCAGAGAAGCCAAGGCAUGUGUGGUGCACGGCUCGGACCUGAAGGACAUGACGUCGGAGCAGCUGGACGAGAUCCUCAGGGACCACACGGAGAUUGUGUUUGCCCGGACCUCCCCACAGCAGAAGCUCAUCAUUGUAGAGGGCUGUCAGAGGCAGGGAGCCAUUGUGGCGGUGACGGGGGACGGGGUGAAUGACUCACCUGCGCUGAAGAAGGCCGACAUCGGCAUUGCCAUGGGCAUCUCCGGCUCUGACGUCUCCAAGCAGGCAGCCGACAUGAUCCUGCUAGAUGACAACUUUGCCUCCAUCGUCACAGGCGUGGAGGAGGGCCGCCUGAUCUUUGACAACUUGAAGAAAUCCAUCGCGUACACCCUGACAAGCAACAUCCCUGAGAUCACCCCCUUCCUGCUGUUCAUCAUCGCCAACAUCCCGCUCCCCCUGGGCACCGUGACCAUCCUCUGUAUUGACCUGGGCACGGACAUGGUCCCUGCCAUCUCCUUGGCCUAUGAAGCAGCUGAGAGUGACAUCAUGAAGCGACAGCCACGAAACCCCCAAACAGAUAAGCUUGUGAACGAGCGGCUGAUCAGCAUGGCCUACGGACAGAUUGGGAUGAUCCAGGCUCUGGGGGGCUUCUUCACCUACUUUGUGAUCCUGGCAGAGAAUGGUUUUCUGCCAUCAAGGCUGCUGGGAAUCCGGCUCGACUGGGACGACCGGUCCACAAAUGACCUGGAGGACAGCUACGGACAGGAGUGGACCUACGAGCAGCGGAAGGUGGUGGAGUUCACGUGCCACACGGCCUUCUUUGCCAGCAUCGUGGUGGUGCAGUGGGCUGACCUCAUCAUCUGCAAGACCCGCCGCAACUCUGUCUUCCAGCAGGGCAUGAAGAACAAGAUCCUGAUUUUCGGGCUCCUGGAGGAGACGGCGUUGGCUGCCUUUCUCUCUUACUGCCCGGGCAUGGGCGUGGCCCUGCGCAUGUACCCGCUCAAGGUCACUUGGUGGUUCUGUGCCUUUCCCUACAGUCUUCUCAUCUUCAUCUAUGAUGAGGUCCGAAAGCUCAUCCUGCGGCGAUAUCCUGGGGGCUGGGUGGAGAAGGAGACAUAUUACUGAGCCUCUGGAAGAAGGACCAGGCACGGGAGAGAUGGGGUGCUCUGGAGGUGUUGCAGGGAUGGUGAAGGGGAGGGAUGGAAAAAUAUUUCAGGGGAAGAUUUGAGGAGAAAGAAUGAGACAGCUCAGCAGGCUAAGUUGGCAGGAGUAGGUAAGUAGGCUCCCAGUGUUGGCUCCUAGUUGUAACUGUGAAUACUUGCGUCAGACCCAGAUUCUUUUCCAUCCCACUCCGCAAUGUUGUCUAUUUUUCCAAGGAAUUGAGAGUUGCCCCAGCUCUCCCCAUGGCCUAUGCCUUCACUCCCACCUCCUGUUGAAACAGAUCAACAUCCAAAGGCUGGGACCUGUCUAAUGCAGAGAAGUAAAUUCUCAGAUCACCAAGGAGCCCUUCAUGUCUCCUCUUUUUGCUCACACACACCCCCCUUUAGCUUUCUGCCUGGCUCUGUCCCCUUUGCUUCCCCCUCAGACCUUGAAGUCACAGAGGCACCUCCAUGAGUGCAAGAGCCUGAGACCAGAAUGGGUAGCUGGCUGGAGAGGCCAGGCUGUCUGCCACUCAAGGCUGCUCAGGCACCUGGAGAGGAGAGAUGGGUGGGAGGUUGGGAUGCUGGCUGGAAGAGAGGGACAGCAAAGGAGUAGAAGCAGAAAAGGACAGCAAUGGUGCCAGUGACCAGACAGAGGUUGGAAAAGUCUUGAGUCUCCACGUAGAUGGGAUGGGCUCCAGCCCCGUGUCCUACCCUUUUUGAUACCCUACUGGAAAAUCAAAUUCACAUCUCAUCAGAGUUUGAUCAGAAGAUCAAAUUCACAUCGCAGCAGAGACAUGACCAGGAGGCAACUGGGGGAGCUGCACAGAGCCACGCUGUGUGCCUCUUAGUGCCCCACUGGCCCUUGACUAGCUGUCCUCUUGGUCCAUGGGGAUGGAUGUCACAGAAGUUCCAGCCAUCUCAACCACACAUGCUUAACAAUACCCUACCUUUUCCAAGGCUGGGUCCUUGGACACUCCAUGUUGUUCGGAGACCACAUAUAGCUGCCAGUUCUCUCCCAGAACCCCUUCCUCUUUAUGCCCAUCACAAUGAACCUGCAUCAUUCCUGGCACUGCCAAGACAGCCCUGGAAAAGAAGUUCCCUGGCCACUGACUGGAAUUGGGGUGGAGAAGUUCCCGGAACAUUCCUAUCUUCUAGGGACAUGCACAAUCAGCUUAGGCCAUGACAUGGUCUGAGCCCUUGGACAAUAAUAGGGAACAUAUUCAGAGACCUGCCUUUGACCACUCAGAUGGCAGGGCCACUCCUGCCAGGCAAGUGCCCUUCACACUGAUGAUCAUAGUGCCCACUUUCCCUCACAUAGGGAGUUGGUUUCAGGUUCCUAUGGCAGAUACUUGUCCUCAUUUUCUUCCCUCCCCAUCUCUCAACUUUGCUCUGCAGGCAGUUCUGCCUAUUCUCAGCCUGGCUUAGAAGGCACUGAGAAUGUCCUGCACAAAGAGACCUAGUUGAGUCAAGCUAGCAAGAGACGCUGAGGAAAAUGGGCAGCCUAAGGCAGAAAGGAAGGAAGCCCAAGAGACACACACUAGGUCAGACCCAGCAACAGCCUCCCAAUGGCUAUUAUUUCAUUGCACUGGAAUUUUGCUUCAUCAGAAGUACCUUGAAAUAAGUGAGUCAUUGCCUUGGGUUGUAAAUCUAAAUGGGAUACCAUAUUUAUUUGAGCCUGAUUAAUUUGCAAUUAUUGACUGUGGGAAAACGUUCAUCUUUACACAAUCAGUAAAAACUGCUUUGGUUUAGUAAAUUAAGAACAUAAGCAAUAUUGCUAGGAGUGACAUAUUUAGCCUACCUAAAACAAUACUUUUCAGGCACUUUAGGAAUAUCUGUUUAGAAGGAGCAAAUGCAUGGGCUAAUUAUCAUCAUUCGGGACAUAUUUGUUAAAGAAACAUCUACAGCAGGGUCUUUACUGGUGACCUUUUGUAAGACAUUAGUUUGAGGCACUACAUGUGUACUUGAGAAUAAUAAAGUUGCAUUUCUUUAUGAAAAAA